AAAUGUAAGAAUUAUUAUCGAUUGCCACCAUGGCAGCUGAACCAAAGAGCAAGUCCGAGAAAGCAAUCAAAUCUCACGCUCCAGAAGUCCAAGAUGUUCGUCCGCAGUCAUGGGCUGAUCCAGGAACCUGGUCGGCUUCAACAAAAUGGAUGCCAGCAUAUAUCGCCGUGGCAGCAGUCGCCAUCGCACUUCUCUACGUACGAUUCUUGCGACCGUCAGGGCUAGACACUUCCACCUUUGAUGAUUGUAUUGCGACAUUCGAUUACAGCUUCCGCAUCAAUGCUGCCUUGUCCCAAGCACACGAACAGGCCACGCACAGCUGGGAAAUCGGCUAUGCCCAUGAAGCGACAAUGCAGAUCUUCAAUCCGGAGAGAUCUGUGUUCGGCUCAGAUCCGUUUCCUGGAGGCGAGCUUCCUACUCUUGGUCUGCGAUUAGAUGAAGCCUCUCUGUAUGCCCAGCCCAGGAUUCGAACACAUGACAAAUCGCUAUUUGAUGAAGAGAGUGGCGCUGUGUCUGAUCCUGCUGCACUCGGUAUGGCAGCUUUGAUGCUUGGUCGGAGAUCGUGGAACAGUAAAGCGUAUCGAGAAGCUGCUGAAAGGCAGAAAGAUCUGCUGCUAAGACAAGCACCACGAUACGUCAACGGGGCGAUCAGCCAUCGCUGGGAGAACGCCGAGCUGUGGUCAGAUGCGCCGGCAAUGUUUCCGCCUUUUCUGGCAUAUUAUGGAGUGGCUACGAACGACACAGACCUUGUGCAUGAGGCUGUGGUGCAGAUUGGCCUUCAUAGAGAUGUGCUGCGAAGCGAUGAUGGUCUGUGGAAGCAUAUCAUCGGCUCACCAGAUGAUUCGGACGAAGGCUAUUGGAGUAGCGGUAAUGCUUGGACAUCAUAUGGUAUGACGAGACUGAGGGCAACGAUCAGUGCAUGGUCGCACAACAAUGCCACUCUUGCAGACGAUCAGAGAAAGUUGGAUUCCUGGAUCAAAGAGCUCCUUGACGCUGUGAUCUCCAGCGACGAUCACGAAUCUGGACUAUUACGAAACUACUUGCAGGAUAAGGACUAUGAUGGCGAGACCUCUGGUACUUCGCUCCUGGCUGCGACUACUUAUCGCAUGGCGAUAUUGAACCCGGAAGUCUUUGGUCAACGCAAAUAUCUUGAUUGGGCGAACGCGAAGCGACAUGCCGUGGUUUCACGCGUUGACGAGGACGGUAUUGCGAGUCCGGCUGCCAACCCAUUGGACCACAAAUCAAAAGUGCCUGUGGACAUUAGCCCAGAAGGUCAAAACUCACUCCUUCUGCUCGGCGCGGCUUGGCGGGAUUGCGUCUGCAACGGACUUUGCAUGGAGAUGUACGUGGAGGAGCAUGGAUUGACAUCGCAGUCAGAAUUGACGCCCAAGACAGUCGCGGGUCCGGCUUGGAAAGAGCUAUGGCAGCGCGUUCACAAAUAUUUUCAGCCCAUGUAAUCGAACCUUUCCGCAUAUGAAGCAGAAUAUCACAUAUAUAGAAGACAGUAGAGUCUUUCGACAUUACCUAAGAGCUGUGCGCAGGCGCGACAUGUUCAGAAAGUUUGACUGAGGCAAGAGCCGAGCUUGGUGCCUCAGGCAUCAAGUGAAUAUACUGCACAUUUUCACAUCGAUGUCGAACAUCGCUGGACCAGAUCACAGGCCAGAAAACCAUGGGGAAUAAAAGCCUCUCGUAGCUUAGAAUCAAGUGCGAUACACGUCACACUUGCCUAUAAUCCCACUGAAGUGUUGCUUAGUCGGGGG